AUGAAGAAGUUGGAUUCACAGGAGGAAUCUAAAACCCUUGCAACUGAAGGAGCUGUAGAGUCCCCUGAGAACAGUCUUAGCAAGCCAGCCACUGCCAGCACCUCUGUAAUGUCCAGUCCAGUAACACCAGUGUCCAGUAGGAAUCUCCAGUCAAUCCAGCCACUCCACUGGGUAUCAUCUACCAAAAAAGCAGAAAGAGAAGCUGAAAGGAAAAGAAAGCAAGAAGAAAGGGAACUGGAGCGUCAGCAGAAACUGAAGCAGAAAGAAGAGGAAAAAGCAGAGAAGGAAAGAAUAAAGAAGGAAGAAAAGGAAAAGAAAGAAGCUGAAAAGGAAGAAGCUAGAUUAAAGAAAGAAAAAGAAAAAAUGGAAAAGAAAGAGCAACAAGAAAAAGAAAAAAUGGAAAAACUCAAGCAAAAAGAAGAAGAAAAAAAGAGGAAGCAAGAAAUAAUUGAUGCAAAAAAUGAAGAGAAAAGACUGAAGGAAGAGGAAAAAAGGAAAAAAGAGGAAGAUAAGCUAAAGGAAGAAGAAGAAAAGAAAAGAAAAAAACAGAAGGAACAAAAUUUUCUACAAAGUUUCUUCAUCAAAUCGACUAAAACUGCUCAAGUAGAAAAGCCAGAGAAUGUGAAUGCAGGUCCUUUUAUGCAGUUUGAAGUGAAGAAGGAAAUGCGACUAGCACCAACCAUAAGGAGGGAACCAAUAGAUAUAAGUUUUGUUGAUGACCUUAUGACAAAACAGAAUUGCGAGAAACUUUACCUGAUUGAACUGAGAGAAGGAAAAACUAAAUUCACUUCUGAGCAAACUUGGCCCAUAGAAAACAAGGAAGAAGAUGCAGUUGAGGUAAUAGAGGCAGAGGGCGGGGGAGAGGUCAUCAAGAAAAGAUUUAUGAAGGCAAAGUUCUUGAAGUUUGCUGAGAAUACACGUCCAGCUUUUUAUGGUACCUGGAGAAAGAAAAGCACCAAACUGUCAGCUAAAAAUCCUUUUAAAACUGAUGAGGACCUGUUUGAUUAUGAAAUUGACAGUGAUGAAGAAUGGGAGGAAGAGGAGCCAGGAGAGAGUCUCUCUCACUCUGAGGGAGAAGAUGAGGAUGGGGAUGCAAAUGGUGGUGAUGAGGAGGAAGAGGAUGGAUUUUUUGUACCCCAUGGCUAUCUCUCCGAGGAUGAGGGUUGUGAGGAAGAUGAGGAGCUAACUCCUGAAAAGAUGAAGGCUCGUCAGUUAGCCAAGGCAGAGCAGUGGGAGUCUCAGAUGAAGGAGAAAUGUAAAGUUUUGAAGCCAGUGUGCAUAGGCUGUGUCUGGAGUGGAGAAAAUAACAGUGAAGAAUUGCUGAAAACACUGCUGAAGUAUCAGGUGGCAGUGCUGGUGAGCUCUCCAAUCCACACUACCUUCAGCAAGAAGCCUGAAGAAAGCCACACUCCUGGUACAGAGAAGAAAAGCAGUUCUGCUUCCAAAAACAAGAACAAUCAUGUUCUUAAAAGACCAGUGCCUGAAGAAGCCAUGCCAGAUCUGAUUAGGCUAGUUCACGGGAAUGUGCACAGCAUUCAGAAACUCAUACGUGAAUUCAAGCAGUUUUGGCAGGUGAAGUGUCAGCAGUCCCAAUCAGAAGAGAAUGUCAAGGCAAAGGAGGGGGAAACAGAUAAAGAUAAUACUGAGGACAUGGAGGUUGAGCAGCCAAAGAAAACUGAGGAAAGUCCAAAUGCAAAGAAUGGCUUUAUUUCAAAGCGUCAGUUGGAUAUCAAGAUCAGGGAAAUUGCAGAUUACAAAAAACGGGAAGGUUUCAAGAAAAAAUGCUGGUACGUCAAUCAAGCUCUCCUAGAAAAGUACAAACUGAUGAGCUUGCCAGUACCAUGUGAAUGGGAGUAUCUUAUCAAACUGAAUAAGAAAGAGGCAGCAGAGGAGAAGGAGCCUGGACAGGUCAUGACUCCAGGAGGUAUAGCCCAGUUCACUGUUGCUGUAUCACCAGGUGAGGCGCUUCACACAGCAACAAACCCUAGAGGCUCUCCUUGCACCCCUGGCAUGGACUCGCUACCAUUGGCAAAAUUGUCACCUGUAUCUCCUCUCCUUUCCUCUGAAGCCACAUCUCAAUGCCUGAAAGGAGGGUUAAAUACCAAUGAUGUUUUGGUCCCUGCCAACUCGUUGUCUACUCCAGAAAGAACACAUGGCAAUUCUAGGUUUGCUAACACAGCUUCUACACCUGUCGGUCAAUGUGGAAUAGCCAAGACUGCCACUCAGGAGAAAAGAGCAGAUUUGACGCCAAAUAACACAAGUAUUUCUACCCCAGCCAAUAAGUCUUCAGAGCCGAGGAUGAAGACGACCCCACAUCGAUCCAUUACAGAUUUCAUGAAAGCCGUUUCCCCUUCUGUACUCUUCGAGAGGAACAAAGGCAAUAUUGAAAGUGCUAAUAAUCAAGCUGCUGCUACACACGUGGGAAGUUCUACCGUUCAACAAGAUGAGGUCCAACCUAUGGAUGUAGAUCUCCCCAGCAAUACUGUGGCAGUUCCCAAGGAAGAGGAUGAUAUUAUGAUAAUAGACGAGGUGCUCCCAGGGAAAAGCUAGGCAAACGGGUUAUGUCUAGUGCAAAGGAUUAGAAUGGACAAUUCUUUAGUGUAGAGAAUGAUAUUGAAAAUAUGUGUGUGGUAGAAUAGAUAAGGCUUUAGAUUAGAAUGUAGUAUAAAGAUUGACCCAGACUUAAGGACUAGAUCAGUUAAGCUGUUGUUUAUAAGUGACUUUGUAAAGUCCAACAGGAGUAUAUAUGCCACAGUAUGUACAGUAGUGUAUCAUAUAUAAGUAACUUUAAUUUUUUUAAGUUUUCACAUAGAAUACAGCACAGUACAUGAAGUAAAGCUUGUCCGUUUAAUGAUUAAUUAAGCAGUGGACCACUGCGCACCAAAUUUUAGAUUUCCACACGUUCGUAUCUUUGGCCUGUUUCAAAUUGAGGGGUAUACUAAACUGCGGGUCCACAUAAGUACUACGUGUAAUUUUUAUUUAUUUAUUUAUUUAUUUAUUUAUUUAUUUAUUAUCAUACCUUUGUAAGUCAAAAGAUUGUUACUUGGGGGCCCCUUGCAUUUAUGCAGUAGAGAUAUAAUUUUUGUUAUAAUGAUUUGUGGAUAAUUUCUUUUGACUGCUUGAGAGAAUGGAUUCCAUUCCAUGACACAAAAACUAGCUUCAAGAUUCUUUGUACUUGAAUAAUGUUUAAGCAAUACCUCUUCAUUGAAAUUAAACAUUUGUAUGCUGCAAAAAUGGAUGAGAAUCCCUUUGAAAAGUGGGUUUUGCCCAUGUUUGUCAAUUGUUUUACAAAGAAACCUGAUCAGAACUCUUAAGAUUUUUCUCAUAACUGAAAGUUUGUGCUGAGAUAAAUUACAACAGAGAACUGUGCAGUUUGUAAUGAUGAACAGUUGUACAAACUUGCAAAAUUUGACACAUAAUAAAAUAUCAUAAACUGAUA